UAUAUAGUUAUAGAUAGAUAAAUGGCAGCCAAUGAGUCCACACAUCAUUUUAUCACUCUAUUACCAAACACCAUUCACUCACUCACUCACUCCAUAGCAUUAAUGGCUGAUCAUCAAGCUCCGCUCAGCUCAAACAAUCCAAUUCGUUUCGGAAUCAUUGGAUGCGCCGACAUAGCUCGAAAACUAGCUCGAGCCAUGUCCCUCGGGCCGGGCGUCACCCUCUACGCCAUCGGUAGCCGUUCGAUCGACAAAGCAGAGAAAUUCGCGUCGCUGAUUGGAGUUUCGGGAACUGAUCAUGAGAUAAUAAAGCUUUAUGGGAGCUACGAUCAAGUGUUGGAAGACCCAUGCGUAGAUGCCGUGUACCUUCCCCUGCCUACUAGUCUCCACAUCCAGUGGGCAGUGAAGGCAGCUAAUAAGAAGAAGCACGUGCUGUUGGAGAAGCCGGCUGCUCUUAAUGUCGCUGAGCUUGAUCAGAUUUUGGAGGCAUGCCGAUCCAACGGUGUACAAUUCAUGGACGGUACCAUGUGGCUGCAUCAUCCUAGGACGAUCAAGAUGAAAGACUUGAUCUCUCAUUCCAAUAAAACUUUUGGCCAAAUUAAUUUCAUUUACAGCACAUCCACAAUGUCAGUAAGCCCAGAAUUUUCGGAGAGCAACAUAAGGGUAAAACCCGACUUAGACGGUCUCGGCGCGCUUGGGGACUUGGGGUGGUACUGCAUUGGAGCCCUUUUAUGGGCAAAGGACUACCAAUUGCCAACCACAGUACAAGCUCAGGACGUUACAACAAACUGCACCGGAGUCAUCUUGUCCUUUACAGCAGCAUUUCAUUGGGACAUUUCAUCGAACAACACGGCUGCAACAAUUCACUGCUCUUUUUUCUCCAACACUUCAAUGGACCUGACUAUAUCUGGUUCUAAUGCUACAAUUCACACCAAUGACUUCAUAAUCCCAUACCAAGAAGACUCUGCUUCUUUUGAGUUAAGUUGUGGUGCCAUGUUUGUGGAUCUCCACAUUGGGUGGAAUGCAGUGCCUGAGGAAGUGAGUGUGGAUUGUGAAUUACCCCAAGAGGCUUUGAUGGUUGAAGAGUUUUCUAGGCUUGUUCGUGGUGUUGUGUAUGAUGGGGUUCAGCCAAAUUGUAAAUGGCCUGAGAUUAGUAGAAAGACACAGUUGGUAUUGGAUGGAGUUAAAAGAUCCAUUGAUAGUGGUUGCAAGCUUGUCCAGUUGUGAGAAAUAUCAAAUGUUAUCAAGUUACAAUUUAUAAAUGGCUAACCAUACACUUUAGCCUUACUCAUAUCAUAUUAUGUUGUUUCUUUUU